CUGUAAUCACGCGCGCUUGACGUCGCGUCCUGAACAUUUUUUUUAACAUAUUCAAGAAAAAAAAAAGUUGCUUUCAAAUAAUGAUCAGUUGAAAAUUUAAGUGUCGUGUUCAGUGCUUGCUGUUAAAAAACCAGAAUGCCAAUCGGUAACGUGAACAGGGGCUCAGCUCCAAAGCGGGAAACCUUCAGGCCACCAUGGGUCAAAGAGAAAGACACAGAAGCUCCUCCUCCAUGGACAGUGAGGAAACUGAAACCAGUGGAUACGAAGAGCACUGACAAAGCGGAAAAUACAGAAUCAGCGGCACAACCAGCCCCUGCACCGCUAAAACCUGUUUUAAAAAAGCAGUCAACAAUAAAAGAUAAGGCUGAAAACGGUGUUUCGGUAGAAGUUGAAGAGAAGCUGGUGAAACCUUCAGCUGCUAAGCAAGCGGAUAAAGCCUCGAAGCCUGCUGAAGAAAAACCUAAAUUUAUAAAACCUGCCUUAAAAUCUAUUGAUAAAACAAUUAAGGUAGAAGACAAAAACACCAGUGAGCCAGAAAAACCCAUAUUGAAAAGCGUCAGGACUAUUGAUAAUAAGCCUAAAGGAAAAACUGUUAGUAUUAUUGAUAAGAAAUCUGAAGAUAAGGAUGGAACAAGUAAACAAAAUAAUACGGUAAAUGAUAAAACUUCAAACAAUAAACCUGAGAUUAAUAACAAAUUAAUAACAAACAAUAAACCUGAGAUUAAUAGCAAAGAAAACAAUACCAAAGAGUGCAAAAAAAUUGAAAAAGCAACGGAAAAGUUGAUUGAUAAAGAAAAACCUAAGGUUGAAGAAAAAUCCGAAAUGGCUACUAAACCGCCCACUCCGCUUGAAAAAACUGGCUCCAAGCUUCCUCCGCGUAAGCCCUCUUUACAAAAGGCACCGUCGAAGGAUGAAAUCAUGCAGAAGAAGUGGAGGGAUCCUUUACAUGAACGAGUCAAAGAAAAUAUUGACAAAACAUUAAAUAAUGAAAUUCCAAAAGGACACACUCUGACUAAAAAUGAAAGUUUGAGAAGCUUGUUAAAACCUACACCGCCACCAAUGCCUCCACCAUUGCCUCCAAAAAUGCCACCUCCACCUGAUUUUAAGAAAGCUCCUAUCGAUCCCACAAAGUUCAAAAAAUUAGAACAGCUUCGUACUAGACCUAGAAAGAGGCCUGACUGGAGUGAUAUGAUGAAGGAAGUGGAACAAGGAAGGAAGCUAAAGAAAGUUGUUUGCAAUGAUAGAUCGAGUCCAAUCAUAACAAGGUCUGUAGUUGUCAAGAAUAAAGAUCAAUUCAUAUUUGAAUCAGAAAAGCCAAAUUCUCAUAAUGAGUUACUUAAAGAAAUCAACAAGGGUGUGAAACUAAAGAAGGUCAAAACGAAUGAUAGAAGUAAACCUCACUUAGAAGGAUUAAGAAAAUUCAGGAGACAAAUGACUAUAGAGGAACAAGUUCAGAAGUCAAUGUCACAAGCGAAUCUCGCUCUUUCUCCUUCGGGAGUAUCAGUUGCGGAGGUGCCGACCGCAGCUGAAGAAGAUGAAAUUGACGAAAUGGAUGACAUUGAUCAAGUUAGAGAUGACCUCCAGUCCACUAAACAGUUAUUAGCUAUGGAACUUAGAAAUAGAGAAGCCCAAGAAAGAGAAAACAAGCGUCUUUUAACAAGAAUACAAAAUCUAGAAGCUGAAGUGGCAAGGGAGCGCGCUAUCAUUAAACAAGAGCAGCACAAGACUGUAAUAUCAGUCACAGAUGCCUAUGAUGAAAGAUUAGUUAGUAAUCUAAAAAUGGAAGUUGAAAAGGCGAAAGAAACAGCAGACAAUCUAGAAAAGCAGUAUUUGCAAGCAGCGGAUGAACGAGACACCGCUAUAUCAGAAUUAGAAGAAUUGAAGAGAAAAAAUGCAGAAUUGGAAAAGAAGUUGGAGCAGGCCCUUUCGGAUAAAAUAGAAGAACUCUUAAAGUCUGAAGAACCUCUGUCAUAUUACCAAAAAUCUCAACUCGAUUUUUUGAAGCAGUGUAGGUUAUUAAACAUAGACGUUGACUCUACUGAAGCCGACAAGUUGAAGAAACCUUCUGCUGACCCUAACAAUAAUGCUAAUAACGCUUUUACUAACAAUAACCAAGAUAACGAGGCCGAGGGAAUCAUACCAACGAACGUUGGCUCGAGACGAUCCAGUCACGCCAUCAAGCAACUGUCGGUGACAAAGGAUGACAGCUUUGAAGAGGAGGAAGUAUCAGAUUCCGAUGAGGAAGAAAGUGAAGAAAAGAAGCAGAAACGUCUUGAGAAAGAAGUCCGCAACAUGAGAAACAAAAUUCGCCACUUGAAAGAGAAACAAGAUAAUAUGAAGAGAGAAAGAAUGGCAUAUAAGAUGUCCCUAAAGAAUCAGCAAUCAUGUCUUAGGGAGGAGAAACGAAAGUUCAAAGAAUUGAAACGGGAGGUUGACAAAAUGGCAGCCAUGAUGAAAGAGGUUGGCACGGAUGAAGAAGACGAGGACGAGGAGUCCGAAGAAGAAGAAGAGAAGAAGAGUGAAUCAGAAGAAGAAGAAACUGAGUCCGAAACUGAACAAGAAACAGAAAGUGAGACGGAAAGUGAAAGUGAACCAGAGGAUGCUCCUCUACCCAAAAAGAAGGAAAACUUAGCGAAGCGUCUAAAAAGACACGAGACACGGGUGAAUGCUUUGAAAAAAGGCAACGCACUUCUAAUGGCGAACGUCGACCGACUGAAAGAUGACGUUCUUAUACAGAAAGAAGAAUCAGUAACACUCAAAAAGGAACUAGACUCACUUAUCGAAGAUCUCGAUUAAAGUACAGAAAUCUUUAUCAUACCUACAAGCGCGAUAGAGACAGACAAAAUUAUUAAAUGUAAUAAGACAGUAAUGUAUGGCAAAAUUCUGCAUAUGCACCAUAGCUCUUAAAUCAUAAUAGUUAAUAUAUCUGGAUUAGAAAAUACUUGUCUAGCUAUGGCAGAAUCGUUACUCAGUAUAAGUUUCAGAAAUUGUAGAACCAUUUUGAUAGCGGCGUCGCCUUCACGAACGGAUCAUGCGUAGGUGUUUCCAUAAUUUCAGUGUGACCUAGAAUGAAAUAUUUGUUAGGUCUAUUAAGUUUUCUCUCUUACUUUUGCCAGUACAAUAUCCCACAUAGAUAGCAAUUUUAUUAAGAUUUUUUAAGAAUAUCGAUAAAAUUAUCACACUUAAUUUAUAAUGCCUACAAAAUGAGCUCUCACGUGCCAUUUUACCUUUAUGUGCCAACUGGUUGUGUUAAAAAUAUGAUUUUAAUCCUUAUUUUACAGCUAGGUACUUUUGACGACAUUGUCGUUAAAACGGCGCGAGAACUCAUUUUGUACGGACUACACUUACUUAUCUAUGUCAUUAAGCGAAUAAUAAAAUUAAUAACAAAAAAAAAA